AAUUUUAUUCUACCGUGUAGGUACGUACCCGUAACCUAGAGUCAAACUUCCCCUAGCUAAUUGGCCACAUUCAUUUUCCCCCAAAUCAGGGAUUUCCCGAUGACAUAACGAGUGACUGUAGGGACACUUGGGGGCUCACAAAAUUUCUCUACAGCAUACACUCAUGCAAAAAGAUCAGCGACUAACAACGACGCCAGUCUACAGUCCAGUGUGAUCGAGUGAGUCAGAGUUGGACAAUGCCUCCUUCGAAAGGAAUCAGUGACCUGUGGAGAGGUCUGAAGAGACCACGCGGCCAACAGCCCUACAAUCUAAAGAAAAGCCGAUCAGCGGGUAGGAAAGUUUCAACUAAGCGAUCACAAGCAGCCAGUACCGGUCGUUUUCCCGACGAAAGCUACCACCAGGUUACAACCGAACGUGUCGUCAAUUUUCCAGGCAACCUUAGUAUUGAAAUAGUUCAGCACGGAACUCUUGAAAUUCCGAACAAAGAAGAUUUUCAUGAGGUCGAUGCGUCACACCUGCCGAAGGUACCCGGUAUAACAUUUUAUCAACAUGGAACUCUUCCUACCUGCAACAAAUCGGGUAAAGACUUAGACAUUACAGCCCCUCUUGUCACCAUGGUUGUUAACGAGGUCUUGGAACCCACCUCCUCGUGUCCUCCGACACAGUUGAACGACUGGUACGUGAGUAUCGUGCAGGUACUUAUGGACUGCAAAACCCGCGGUUAUUACGGAACUGCAUUGACAUCAGACGACUUCUACAUUGAACAUGCAUUUACGGUUCAGCUACCACUUAUUGACAAAAUCACAGAUAAGAAAUCUGGACUGACACCUUCUUCUCCGGACUCGCCAAGUUACUCAAAGGAAAGCAGUAGCAAAGUUGACUUGAGUGAUGUGUAUGCUCCAGCGAAAGACAAAGAGGUGUAUGGGCAACUCUACAGCGAAGAUCGCCCAGUAGUCUCCUGUGACUUGGUGUUGAACAAAGACAACGAGGUUCAUGGAAACCAACUGAAAAGCUCUCACCUGAAUGCUGAGGCAUAUCACCUCAACAGAGUCGAAAUAAGUGAAACAUUUGUAACAUGCGUUUGCUCUUAUCAACUCGGCAAAGAAGAUGUAGAGAAUUUCUGUUACUUGGGAGGAGUCGAGUGGCAGUUUAAAGGGAGAAUCAACAGACUAGAAAGUGAUUACCAUGUUGACAAAAGCUGUGCAGCAGAUCCACCAAAGAUUAGACUAACGCCUCCAACGAACAACGAGAAUGAAGACGUUUUAUGCAAGGCGUUGGGGCAUAAAAUAUCAUCUCACUUUGCUACACCCAACGAAACAAAAUGCAGAAAGAAAGUUGUGCUUGUAAAGUCAUAGAAGACUUCACUGGUGCAGACUGGAGAGACUGAACAUUGAACAGUUCAAUUAACAGAAUUACUGAUUAAAUUUGCUAUCCAAACCAAGUUAUUUUUACAUUAACUAUAAAAAUUUAUGUGCAAAGCUGUUUAUUUGUAGUGAAAGUUUGUUUUCAGCUCUCCGAAUCAUUCAUUAAUUAAAACAUAACUCGAUGUACUAGAUGCCAACCAAGACUGAAUCACCUUUUAGUGUUGCAUGUGCACAAGAAAGUGUGAUAAAAAUGAUCUGGGAUACAGGAAUCAGAGCGAAGAAACGUAAUUGGUUGG